UGUUUCUGUGGAUCUUGCAGCGAUGAAAAAUAGGAAAGAAAAAAGUAUCGACGCUCGUGUUGUUUGUCGUAGCCGUGAGGCUUGGCGCCAUGGAUCUACUCGCGCAGUUACUAUGAUUCAAAUAGCUUCGAUCAUCCGACGUGUUGCGGUGAUAUCGAGUCGAUCUUGUCGCGGUUUCGCUAUUCUAUAAAAUUAGCGAGACGCUUGCUUCACCGAGUAUGCUCGAUUCUAUAUACAUAUUUCGUUGCCACGCGAUAUCGGAUUCUUGCGAAACGUUUAUCUUGGCCGCGUGCACGCAUUUAUAGUCGGCCAUUUCACGAUCGAUCGAGUCCCCCUUUUCUAUUGCUUCUUAGAACGAGGAAGAAACGACAGGUUAAAAGCAUCGAUACGAACAGAGCAGCCUUUGGUCCGAUGAGAUCUUGCAUACGUUGCGCGUUCUUCAAGAUUCUUAAAAAAAAGAAAAAAAAAUCAGCCGAGAAAUUCCUGCUAAAAGACGAAACACGUGAAAACCGUUUAAACGCGAAGCAACUGUACCGAUAAAGACGAAGAUGUUCGUGAAUUUUUCAACGAAACUGCUAUUAACGUACGGUAUUUAGAAAACAUAGAAAAUUACGCUUCUUUCUAGAAAUACUCGCGCGGUUUGAAUCGAUUGUUGAUCCAUCCGUAUGCUAUUCGUCGCCUCUUAUUGGAUAUGCGUUUUCGCGGCAGCGACAACGCCAGACAAGUCAAAGAACUGCGAAAGAAAGAGAGGAACGGUGCAAGCAGAGCGAAAAGAAAGAAGCGAGAAGGAAGCAGAAAGGAAAGAGAAAGAAGAAGCUCGUGCUACGCCAUUCGCGAUCAUUUCGAUACAACUGCUACCGAAAUAAAGAACCGUACGAAGAAAUAGAAAUUUGAAUGGCGAUGCGAACGCUACGAUACCUUCCACGAAGGCGAUUGCUGUUUGUUAUUGAAGUUAUUCCAUUGCCUCGGGCCAGAACAAGGCGAGGCUGUAAGCACGUCUGUCCCUGAAUGACGAACGUUUACAUUUCAAUACAGUUGGAAUUUUUCUAAAAUUGUUCAGUCUCUAGUCGCGAUGCGCGCGGUGCCUCCAUCGUGAUUCCUUCGUUGCAUAGGACAUCCACGGCAUUUCAAUUAGCCACUUCGACGAAUAAAAUUUGCAGCCGUUUCUCCACGGUUUAUCGGUGUAUUUACAAUCGAGCAAAAGCAACGAGCAGGACGAGGAUUUUUUUCUUCCAAUAUAAUAACACGAUGAUGAGUUGGAGCAGAACGCUAGUCGUCGCUAUCAUUGAAAUUUCAUUUCUGUCGGCAAUCAUCAAACACUGCGAAGGAUGCAACGAAGCGAUUUGCGCCAGUGUUGUCAGUAAGUGUAUGCUUACGCAGAGCUGCAAAUGCGAUCUCGUUACAUGUACCUGCUGCAAGGAGUGUUUCUCUUGUCUUAGUUACCUUUACGACGAGUGCUGUUCAUGCGUAGAUCUAUGUCCAAAACCAAACAUAACGGACAAUCCAUUAAGCAAGAAGUCUCACGUGGAGGACUUUAGCGAACCGAUGCCAGGCUUGUUCCAAGCGUUAACUGCAGAACCGGAUCCACACGAACGUUGGCUCACGUUCACAUUUCCGGUGGAUUUCGACAUGUCUUUAUUUACACCAAAACACGACAAAGAAAUGAAAUACCAUAUGCAUACCGCUGACGAACAGAUACAUCCAUUGAAACCAAACGUAAUGACAGUGAAUUGCACCGUUGCAUUUAUGGCUCAAUGUAACUCCUGGAACAAAUGUCGGGCGUCUUGCCAAAGCAUGGGUGCUACAAGUUACAGAUGGUUUCACGAUGGUUGUUGCGAAUGUAUAGGAGACACUUGUAUUAAUUAUGGAAUAAACGAAUCCAGAUGCAUACAUUGUCCUUUGGACAAAGAAGAGGACGACUUAAAAGAUCAGUACGACGAUUACGGCCAAGACGAAGAUGAUUUGGUGGAAGAUGAGAUCGAUUAAUAUUAUCGGUACUUUCUUCAGCCUGCUUCUUUCAGUGGACUGUAUGUAUUAAAAUGUAUAAAAAUUAAAAAUGUCAUGGGUGAGUGCAAUCUCAGUGACGAUGAUACUUUCAAGAAUUGAAUUACAAACAGUGACGUCGUUUGUACUUGUUUGUGAUACUCAUCGUUUCGACAUUAUGUGAAAAUUAACUUUACGACUGACGAUUAUCUCGUCCUUUUAGAACGAUUUUCUACAAAAUAUGCGAUAAGUGAUGGACAUCGUUCCCUUUAAAAGGGAUCCGUUCGUUAGUAAAUAUAAUUUAAAUCAUUAUGUUCUGUAAGGCUGAAAGCUAUCGAUUGUCGAUACAUCUAAUGGUAUCGCGUUUGGAUUUAAUUAAGCAAACGCAAGAAAACAACAAACAAAUUUAAUGAUGUUUCGAACUGAUUGGCUUAUGGUGUGACUUCAACGGCAUAGCAUGUAGUCUCAUUCCUCAUUCUUAAAUGUUAAAUAUGCAUAUAAGUAACUCUGUGGUGUCAAAUGUUUUAUUUUUUCUGUGCCAUAUGAAUCAAGUUGUACAUGUAUCGACUCAUUCAUAAUUAAUUGACGCAUAUCCGAUGCGUCAAUUAUUCAAAUAAAACCUAUUGUCUGUGUUCCUCUAAUGUUUACUUUUCUAUAUUUUAAAAUGUUUUAACCAAUAUUAUGACGAUAAGAAGUUCUAUGACUAUACGAUAUUAACAAGAUGACAGAAGUUACGUACGUUAGAAGAGCAGAGACGACUAAUUUUGACCAAUGUUAUGACGAUAAGAAGUUUUAUGACUAUAACUAUGAUAUUAACAAGAUGACAGAGGUUACGCACGUUAGAGGAGCAGAGACGAUCUGUACGAUUGAUGAUAUUAUGCACACGCGAAUAAUUAAAUUGUAGAAAAUAUAAUUUAUACUAUAUGGUUUAAUACUGCAUUUGGUUAUACCAAUGUAUGAUAUUAAGACAGUUUAAGGGAUCGAGUAGGAAAAAAUGUUCAAGUUUUCAAUUUCCAAUUCAUGUGGUUAUAUGUAAUAUAAAUAACAACAUAUUAGCAUAAUAUUGAUACUAAAAAUUGGAGAUUCCAUUAAAGUUUUAACAUAUUGAACUAAGAGCGGAACUCGGAAAUGAAAUUAUAUUGGAAAGAUACCGAUGAGCAAUUUUUCCUUGAAAACUAUUGAUAGACUAGACAGAGAAAACGGAGCCAAUAUCAAAUGAUCGUCCAUAAAUAAACUAGCGCAGACAAUCAAAAAUCUUACAAUCAAUUUUUAUAAACAAUUCUAUUUCGAAUAUAUUUCAUUCUUUGAACGAUUAUGUACCGAUUUAUCGCGCAAUAUAUUGUACAAACACAUCCAUUCAAUUCUAGUUUAUAUUGAACAUCGAAUGCCGCGUUUUACGCGUAUUUUCAACAAUCACAUACAUUAAUUCAUAUACGCAUUAUUAACGCGCGUUACUGCAUUGCGGUUAUAAAUACAACAAAAGUUGCAGCACUUGAAAGAAAAACACGAAACAUGUUUACAUACCACGUAUUUAUACAGGCGGAUGUUCGUCUUGCGUUUCAUUGCUUUCUGGCAAUUUAAUGAAAGGCAAAUCACUGCCACUCCACAUAGAAUAUAAUUGAGAUCUCGCGCAUUCCUGAAAUUAUUAAUGUUACUAAUGUUAUUAAAUAUUCGAUAAUCGUUUAUGGAUCGAAGCUAAUAUACAGGAACCACAAGUAAUAAUAAUAGCAACAAUUGUUUUAAACUGUAAUCAUGCAUUACCCCACCACCCGCGCUCUCGGAACCUGACCGACUAUAGGCUGAUAUGCAAGAAUCCGUCGAAGAACUGCUCUUACGUAAUGGUAGUGUAUCUACGGUACCUAAUGGGAAAGUCAAACGUUAUACGUGAUUGACUUUAUUCAUUGCACUUAACGCGUAUACUUACCAAAUUCGAUUUCUCUAUGAUCACUGUGCGAAUGAAUGCUAUCUUUGCUAUCUCGGUGACUACCACUAGUUCCACUUUGUUCUGCACAGCGUACAAUAAAUAAUUUAUUGCAAUUAA